AGUCAUUAGCAAUUACUGCUAGAUUUAUAACACCCAUACUACUACUACAUACCGAUUGUAAUGGCCCAAGUUUCCAAAGCCUAAACUGCCCCAUUCACUCCCACCAAAAUGACCCCCGUGCAUUCCUCCUCCGCCGCCGCCCACUUCCGGUGGACGACAGGCCGAUGGCGACUGUCAUUCCGGAGGAGGACGAAGCUGCCCACCGUCCGACUAGGAGGAGCUGGUGGGAAGAAGCCCCGCAGGAGAUUCUUUCUGGUGAGGCUCUGGAGACGUGUGAAGUUGAGGGCGCUGAAGCACAAGUAUAUUUGCAUGGUGAAGAAGCUGCAGGAUUAUUAUGGUGGUUUAGUGAAGGAGCUGAUGGAAGCAGGAGGUGCGAUGGAGCCUUUCCAGCAGAGAAUCCUGAUAGAGACUUCAUUUGCUGUUCCCGUCAUGGGUCUGUCCUUCAACAGCUUCCCCAACAACUAUGCCUUAGACCACCGCUCAGUUUCAACCCAUCCGCCUCAUCAUCUUCUUCAUCAUCAUGUAUAAAUUCAUACGAUUUUCGGGUUCAGUUUCCAUGAUCAUGUAAUAAAUUCCAGUUGCCGAUCUCAACCUCUUACUUU